UGUUCCUCUCAACUCCCUUCCCUCCACCGGCUCUGUCAUUCUGUCCUCCAUUACCGCCACCUCCUAGUUUCUCGCGCCUCGCCGUCGGCGAGCGGCGCCACCGUCGGCGUAGAGCCAGGCCCGAGGCCAUUCCUCCCUCGCAGGGAGGCGUCGCCGUUGCCCCGCCCUCUGGGCUAGCGCGGCGUGGAGGGGACAACUGGAGAUCCGCCUGUCUCUGCUUGGAUUGCUUUUUCCUCCUCUCGCCGCUUCAAUGUGGCAGUGCAUGAUUCAAAAAGCUUUGCAAGCAGAGAGUUGCUGAAUUGAAGAGGGAAUUGCAUAAGUCAGAAAGUUCUAUUGGACAGAACUACCCUACUGCUGCGUGAAGACGAUGGAGUGGCCACCACCGUCGACGUCACCAUCGCCGUCGCUGGUGGUGCGCAGCCCCAGGCAAACAGUCAGCCUGAUCCGCAACCGGCGACCCCAUCGUGACUGGGCCCCCUCAUCGAGGUCUCCCUCUUUCGCCGCCCGUGACCAUGGCCCCAAGCCUUCGGAGGUGUACGGCUUCGUUGGAUCCAUCACCACCGUCAUUGCCACCGCCGUGUACCUCGCCUGGGCAUACACGCCCGAGCCCGUCCUCCAGUCACUCGGCAUCACCUACUACCCUAGCAAGUACUGGGCACUGGCGGUGCCAUCGUUCGUGGUUGUGACCGUGGUGCUGUCCAUGGGCAUCUACAUGGGCCUCAACUUCGCUGCCACUCCUCCUCCGACUUCCUUCAGUACUAUCUUCGAUGAAAAGAGUAGGGAGCACACAGCCUUUUCUUCUGCAACUGAGGAUGAGAGGCCCAUUGAACCCAUCUCAGACAUCGGUAUUGAUCGGAUCAACAGUCUUAUGUUUGGUGAUAGAUGAUUUCCCCCGGUGGAAUAUGAGUUUACCAUGGAGCGCCGGAUUGGAAAUAGAUGCAAACGCGAAGGAAGAUUUCCAUGUCAGCUGAACUUUGUUGCCUGCAUAUGCUAUUGAGAGGCCCGUCGAACCCGUUUUCAGACGGUAGUAUUGAUCAGAUCAGGAAUCUUAUACUUGGCGGUGAUAGACGAUUACUCAAAAAUGGAGUGUGAGUUUACAACAGAGUGCCAGAUUGGAAGGCGUGAAGAAAUAAUCCACAUUGUUAAGUGAACUUUCAUAUUACCUUCAAGCAUAACCGACAAAGGAAUUCGAUCCUUGAGCUUUUCGUUUCACGUGAAGGGACGCCCUGUAACUGGAUUUUUUUUGUGUUGUGUAGUAAUGUGAUGUGUACUGUGGUAAACUCACUGCGGCUGUGCCUAGGUAUUUAUUUGUGUUGUGUAGUAAUGUGAUGUGCACAGGGCUGUUCCUGACUUUUGAGGGGCCCGGGACAAGAUUAUAAAUAGAGGCUCCAACACCAUAAAAACUA